UCAAUAAACACGUGGUGGGGCACAUUCGGAAUCUUCGAGAAGAACAGGAAAGAUUGUUCGCUUUCAGCAUAUAGGUUGCACAACGUGCACAAGUACACAUUCUCCGUAGAUUAUUGAAAUUUGUAAUUUUAAAAACUAUGGCUGCAACUAAUGCCAUUAAGAGACUUAUACCUCUCUUCGAUAGAGUUCUUGUGCAAAGAGCUGAAGCUAUAACAAAAACAAAAGGUGGUAUUGUUUUACCAGAAAAAGCUCAAGCAAAAGUAUUGCAAGGAACUGUUGUAGCAAUUGGACCUGGACAAAGAAAUGAUAAAGGUGAACACAUUCCUUUAAGUAUCAAAGUUGGUGAUAUUGUGUUAUUACCAGAAUAUGGUGGAACUAAGGUAGAAUUUGAAGAUAAUAAAGAAUUUCAUUUAUUCCGUGAGUCAGAUAUACUGGCAAAAUUAGAAGUUUAAGUUUCUAUUAAAUUUAUGUUUGCAAUUGUUCAAAUACUAUAAAAUAUUUUAUAAGAAAUAUGUAAACAAUGAAACAGUAAAAUGUAAGUUAAUUUCAUGCAAACUUUAAUGUUCAUAAUUAUAUCAUACAAUGCUAUUAUGUAUCUACUAUUCUAUGUGUCAUGAUUUCAUAGUUAUAAAAAAAAAGAAAAAAUAAAAUGUUCAUUGUGUUUAUAUACUA